AUGUUCCGCCGGCUGUGGACGGGCUUGCCCGACAUGCCAAAAUAUCCGGUGGACAUUGGCAAACUGGGCUACUUUAUCAACGAAGACGACGAGAUUCGCAGCAUCGAGGAUCCCAAGUACUACUUCAAGUAUUUUAUCGACAAGAACACCUACUACAACGACUGUCACCGGUUUUCUUUCGACACUGCUGUCCAGAGAAUCGUCCUCAAUAGGCUCGCCGGCCUUGGCCUCCGCCCGGUGCGUCUGCCCCUGGGAGCCAGCGAAGACGAUCCGCAUUUGCUCGUGCUGGUGACCGAGGAUCUGGCCACGGCCGACCGUGUGCUCCUCUUUGUCGGCGAGACCGCACAGGACCUGGGCAUUCUGGCCCACCGCGUGGUCGGCGGGGGCGGCGGCAUUGAGCAGGGCAGCGUCCUGUCCAUGGUGCGGGCCGUCCGUGACGGCGGCAUCUGCAACGACAAGCACGGACAGCCACCCGCCAUGAUCAUUGCCAACCCGGGCGAGCUGUUCUGGUGGCCCGAGGCGCGGCGCGCACUGAGCUUGCCCGCUACCGCGGGCAUGCCGCGGCCCAGUGCUGCCCACCUUGCCCCGCGCAAGUUUGCCGAGAACACGAUCCCGGGCCACGAGGAUGCCGACGCGCACGUUGCCAGCCUGUUCAAGGACCUUUUGACGUGUGGAGUGGAGGCGACGGAGCCGAGUCCCAUGGCGAAGAGAAAGUCGGCCCCGCGCAUCACAGCCAUUGGCAUUGCUGGCGGCGCCGACGCUCUCGAGGGGUUCCUCGACCACCCAGGCCACUGGCAGUGCUGGGGUCCGUAUAUGGACAGCCUGGUUGUGCUCGGCGGUCUGUACGAGGAGCACCACAUCAAGACGGACGCGUUUCGGGCGUUUCUACGCCAGCGUGCGCGCGCGUACAUUGCCAGCGAGGCGCCCGUGGACACACCGGUGGCUGGUCCCGACGGCAACGACCAUGCGGCACGAGCGACACGGUACGGGUGCCCUGUGCACAGCGCGGGGACGUCGUGGCUGACCGAGCUCAUGUUUAUCGAAGCGCAGACGUCGAUUCUGUCGUGGGGUGCGACGGUGGCGCGGGACCCGGCGUACAUCAACCCGCAGAUGGAGAUUUCGUAUGCGGAGACGAUUUUAACCUCGGAGGACACGACGUGGGCUGGCUACAAAGACGAGGAUGAUGACGGCACCGUGCCCACGUGGAGCGAGCCCAUGGACAUGGACGGAAGCGGACACGGCGGCGGCGACGACGAAGAUAAGGAGAACCAGGGCAUGACGGGGCCUGCCAGGGGUGAUGCUUUGGUGAGUGGUAGUGAUGCCUGCGGUGUCGGUGGUAUCACCGUCGUGAAGAGCGAUGAUGCCGUGAAUGGAAUCAAGGACAAGUUGGCGGAGGUCACCCUGAAUGAAAAGUGA